AUAAAUGGAAUACGCGGUAACUAACAUGAGACUACUGAGUAACAUGAUGUACUCUGCUUCGGCGAUUUCGUUUCCAAGGGUUCGUCUGCAUUGUAGUAUUCCGACAGAGCCAUCCUGCCGGAGAAACCCAUUCCGACAGAGCAAUCAGCCCGUCCAAGUCCCUUCUCCGAAGCUCGCUUGUUUCGACGGAGUCCUAACUGAAGCUUUUCAACGGCUGGACGUCAGCGAAAACAACUCUCCAGUCGAAGCCUUUGCCUACGUUCUCGAGCUUUGUGGUAAACGUAGAGCUGUCUCACAAGGUCGGCAGCUGCAUUCGCGCAUUUUCAAGACUUUCCCCUCUUUCGAAUUAGAUUUUUUGGCCGGCAAGCUUGUUUUUAUGUACGGUAAGUGCGGGUCUCUGGAUGACGCAGAGAAAGUGUUUGACGAAAUGCCUGACAGAACUGCCUUUGCGUGGAAUACCAUGAUUGGAGCUUAUGUUUCGAAUGGUGAACCUGCUUCCGCUCUUGCUCUCUACUGGAAUAUGCGUGUGGAGGGCGUUCCUCUCGGUCUUUCCUCUUUUCCCGCCUUGCUUAAAGCCUGCGCCAAACUUAGAGAUAUCCGAAGUGGCUCUGAGCUUCAUUCUCUCCUCGUUAAACUUGGCUACCAUUCAACUGGUUUUAUCGUCAAUGCGUUGGUUUCCAUGUAUGCUAAGAACGAUGACCUUAGCGCUGCAAGGCGUCUGUUUGACGGAUUCCAAGAGAAAGGAGAUGCUGUUCUCUGGAAUUCUAUUUUGUCUUCAUAUUCCACGUCUGGGAAAUCUCUCGAGACUUUAGAAUUAUUCAGAGAAAUGCACAUGACUGGCCCUGCCCCCAACAGCUACACCAUUGUUUCUGCUCUCACAGCCUGUGACGGUUUUUCAUAUGCAAAGCUAGGGAAAGAGAUCCACGCUUCUGUCCUCAAAUCAUCAACUCACUCUUCUGAAUUAUAUGUGUGCAACGCCUUGAUUGCAAUGUAUACCAGGUGUGGUAAAAUGCCUCAGGCAGAAAGGAUCCUUCGUCAGAUGAAUAACGCUGAUGUUGUCACAUGGAAUUCUCUGAUUAAGGGAUAUGUACAGAAUCUCAUGUACAAGGAGGCUUUAGAGUUCUUUUCUGAUAUGAUCGCUGCUGGCCACAAAUCCGACGAGGUUUCAAUGACCAGCAUCAUUGCAGCGUCAGGAAGAUUAAGCAAUCUCUUGGCAGGAAUGGAAUUGCACGCUUACGUGAUUAAACAUGGCUGGGAUUCUAAUUUGCAGGUUGGGAAUACGUUGAUUGAUAUGUAUUCAAAGUGCAACCUCACAUGUUACAUGGGCCGUGCGUUUCUUAGGAUGCAUGACAAAGAUCUUAUUUCAUGGACUACGGUCAUUGCCGGUUAUGCCCAGAAUGAUUGUCAUGUAGAGGCCUUAGAACUCUUCCGGGAUGUUGCUAAGAAAAGGAUGGAGAUUGAUGAAAUGAUCCUGGGAAGCAUCCUUCGAGCUUCUAGUGUACUGAAAUCCAUGCUCAUUGUCAAAGAAAUCCAUUGUCACAUUUUGAGAAAAGGUUUACUUGAUACUGUGAUACAGAAUGAGUUGGUAGAUGUCUACGGAAAAUGCAGGAACAUGGGCUAUGCUACUCGAGUAUUUGAAUCAAUUAAAGGUAAAGAUGUUGUCUCUUGGACAAGCAUGAUUUCGUCUAGUGCUCUUAAUGGUAAUGAAAGCGAGGCUGUUGAACUCUUUCGACGCAUGGUUGAAACUGGUUUGUCAGCUGAUUCUGUAGCAUUGUUGUGUAUACUGUCAGCUGCAGCAAGUUUAUCUGCACUCAAUAAAGGGAGAGAAAUUCAUUGCUACUUACUCCGAAAGGGGUUUUGCCUAGAGGGGUCCAUUGCAGUUGCAGUUGUUGACAUGUAUGCAUGCUGUGGAGAUUUACAGAGUGCAAAGGCUGUAUUUGACCGGAUAGAAAGGAAAGGUUUGCUGCAAUACACAAGUAUGAUCAAUGCAUAUGGAAUGCAUGGCUGCGGAAAAGCAGCUGUUGAGUUGUUCGAUAAAAUGAGGCACGAAAACGUCUCGCCCGAUCACAUUUCAUUUCUGGCACUUCUUUAUGCGUGCAGCCAUGCAGGUCUGCUUGACGAGGGUAGAGGGUUUCUCAAGAUCAUGGAACAUGAGUAUGAAUUGGAACCAUGGCCUGAACAUUACGUGUGUCUGGUUGACAUGCUGGGUCGUGCAAAUUGUGUAGUGGAAGCCUUUGAAUUCGUUAAAAUGAUGAAAACAGAACCGACUGCAGAAGUCUGGUGUGCACUCCUUGCGGCAUGCCGAUCUCACUCAGAGAAAGAAAUUGGAGAGAUUGCUGCUCAGAGGCUCCUUGAGCUAGAACCUAAGAAUCCGGGAAAUCUUGUGCUUGUAUCUAAUGUCUUUGCUGAACAAGGAAGAUGGAACGAUGUAGAAAAAGUGAGGGCAAAAAUGAAAGCAAGUGGAAUGGAGAAACACCCUGGAUGUAGUUGGAUUGAGAUGGACGGCAAGGUUCAUAAAUUUACAGCCAGAGACAAGUCUCACCCAGAGAGCAAAGAGAUAUAUGAGAAAUUGUCCGAGGUUACUAGGAAGUUGGAGAGGGAAAAGGGAAAGAGAGAGCUAGCAAGGGAAUUCAACGCAAGAGAGAAGAUGGAGACCUGAUUAAGAGGAAAAAAGUUAAGGCCUAUCAGCAAUUAAAAGCAGGAAGCAGAGACCUAGACACCAAGGUAGGGAUAGAGUCGUCUAACUAGGCUGUUCAGCAGAGACCUUGAGGAAACAUAUGAGGGGUGAUUAAGGCAAAAACCUUAAGAUGUGGUCAUUUAGAUACAUGGAGUCAAACUAAGAAUGGACCUUGGCGAAAGCUUCUUCACGGUCAAGAUUUAAAAUCAGGCUUCUUUAAUUCGUGGUGUCUCUCUCCUUUUUACCCAACCAUCUCUUAAAAUUUUUAACAUCUGUUCCUCAAAUCCUCUCUCAUCUCUUUCUAUAAGUAUCUAUAGCGCCUCUUAA